CCAAUCAGACGUGUAAAGAGCGAAAAAAAGCUAUCAAAUAUCAGAAUCAGAUUGACACGUGGCGAUCACGAGCUCUCUUUAUAUUACGUGGACAAUUUUGCCACUCUUCUCUCUGCCACUCUCAUCAUUUUUUGAAUCAUUCAUGAUUUCUUAGCUCUCUCAAAAAAAUGGCGUACAAAUCCCUAAAUUCAAUCACCAAAUCUGAUAUCGAAGCUCUAGGAAUCUCCGGUGAUGUCUCCGAGAAGCUUCUCAGAGAUCUCGAAGACAUUAUUCACGGUUCAUCCACGCCGCCGGAGACGUGGAUUCAGAUUUCUCGGCGGAUCCUUCACCCUAAUCUCCCUUUCUCUUUUCACCAGAUGAUGUAUUACGGUUGCUACAAGGAUUUCGGACCCGACCUACCCGCUUGGAUACCCGACCCGAAGGUUGCUUCUUUAACUAACGUAGGCAAGUUAUUAGAAAAGCGAGGCAAAGAGUUUUUAGGUGGAAAUUACAAGAAUCCAGUUUCGAGUUUCUCCAGUUUUCAAGAGUUCUCUGUAUCAAAUCCUGAGGUGUAUUGGAAAACUGUAUUGGAUGAGUUAAACAUAUUGUUCUCUGUACCUCCUAAGUGUAUAUUAGAGAAGGAUACUUCUGGAGAUAAUCCUGGAGGUAAAUGGCUUCCUGGAGCUUACUUGAAUCCUGCAAGAAAUUGUUUGACUAAUGGUUUCAAGAGAAGAUUGGAUGAUAUUGUGAUUCGAUGGCGUGAUGAAGGAAGCGAUGAUCUUCCUGUGAAUACCAUGACACUUUUGGAGUUAAGAUCGCAGGUCUGGUUAGCUGCACAUGCUCUUAGUGCUUUGGGUUUGGAGGAAGAGUCAGCAAUCGCGGUUGAUAUGCCAAUGAAUGUUGAGUCUGUGAUCAUAUACCUUGCUAUUGUUUUAGCUGGCCACGUAGUUGUUUCAAUAGCUGAUAGUUUCUCUCCCCGUGAAAUAUCAACACGGCUUAAAAUAUCAAAAGCAAAAGCCAUUUUUACUCAGGAUGUGAUUAUUCGUGGUGAUAAAAGUAUUCCUCUCUAUAGAAGAGUCGUUGAUGCAGAAGCACCUCUGGCAAUUGUUGUCCCAGCUAGAGGCUCUAGCUGCAGAAUGAAGCUGCGCGAGAAGGAUUUGUCUUGGAACAACUUUUUGGGAAACGCAAGAAAUUUGAGAGGCGUGGAAUAUGUUGCUGCAGAGAAACCAGCAGGAGCUUACACGAACAUCCUUUUCUCAUCAGGAACCACUGGUGAGCCAAAGGCUAUUCCAUGGACGAACAUUUCUCCUCUGAAAUCUGCUGCUGAUGCUUGGUGCCAUUUGGAUGUUCAGCGGGGGGAUGUUGUUGCUUGGCCGACCAACCUUGGGUGGAUGAUGGGACCGUGGCUUGUUUAUGCUUCCUUGAUCAAUGGGGCUUGCAUGGGAUUAUACAAUGGAUCACCUCUUGGUCCUACCUUUGCCAAGUUUGUGCAGGAUGCCGAGGUAUCAGUGCUAGGCGUGAUACCAAGCAUUGUCCGGACAUGGCAAAACUCAAACUCCACUUCAGGCUAUGAUUGGUCACGGAUCCGUUGUUUUGGUUCCACUGGUGAAGCUUCAAACAUAGACGAGUAUCUAUGGUUAAUGGGCAGAGCACAUUACAAACCCGUAAUCGAGUAUUGUGGCGGAACUGAGAUUGGAGGCAGUUUUAUCUCAGGUUCUUUGCUUCAACCUCAGUCGCUGGCUGCUUUUAGCACAGCUGCCAUGGGUUGCAAGCUUUUCAUUCUCGAUGAAGAUAGCAAUCCUAUUCCUCCAUAUGCUGCAGGAGUAGGCGAAUUGGCUCUUUGUCCUCACAUGUUUGGAGCUUCAAGCACUCUUCUGAACGGUAAUCACUUCAAAGUUUACUUCCAAGGAAUGCCCACCUUCCAAGGACAGGUAAUCCAACCUUUGUCAUAUUUAUACAGAGGUUUUCAUCUGUUUUAAGUCUGUGCCUUGCCUGCUUUUCGAUAGAUCUUACGAAGACAUGGGGAUUUAUUUGAACGGACUUCAAAAGGAUACUACCGUGCUCAUGGACGUGCUGAUGACACAAUGAAUCUUGGUGGUAUAAAGGUCGGUUCUAUUGAGAUCGAACGAGUCUGUAAUUCCGUUGAUGACAGUGUUCUGGAGACAGCAGCCAUUGGUGUUCCACCUCCUAGUGGGGGUCCUGAGCAGCUAGUAAUCGCUGUUGUGUUCAAGAGCCCAGAAUUUUCAAAUCCCGACUUGAACCUGUUGAAGAAGUCCUUCAACUCCGAGAUACAAAAGAAACUGAAUCCUUUGUUCAAGGUAUCAUCUGUUGUGACUCUUCCUUCUCUACCGAGGACGGCCACAAAUAAGGUUAUGAGAAGAGUUCUAAGGCAACAGCUUACUCAGACUGGUCUAAACUCGAAGCUAUGAGGCAAUUUCUCUCUAAUACCAAAUGUUGGGUUUUGCCAUUCACAGGAAACAAUAUUUGGUCUUUGUUGUAAGAAUCCACAUCCAUGUCUGUAUCAAGAAAUGAUUCUCAAUUCACAUAAAUAAGAGUGGAGCUAGUGUACAUACAUCUAGUGAGAUCCUUGUCCCUCAAUUUGAAUCUCAACUUUGGUUAUGAUUUUAUUUCGUAACAAAAACCAUAUUAAAUAAAACUUGCUAUCCAAAACGCAACAGAAAACAAGAAUUAUCAAAUUCGUUUAUCACCUAAUAGUAACAA